AUGUCGCCACCGCCCGAACCGAAACAGCAGGCGUCGCCAAGGGACUCACCGUCCCCGGCGUCGCCACCCCAGAUCCAACCGCCUGCCCAAGAUCCACAACACAUGGCUCACGACACUCUGCCGCGGAUCCAAUAUCCAACAGCCCCAGAACAUCUGUAUCAGGCUGCUGCUGGUCCACCAGUUCCUCAAGGCAUACCCACUGAAGGUCCUGCGACUCACCCCGAUGGUCCCCCACCGCCUCCCAGAGACUACGGGCGUUAUGCACCUCCACCAGGAAUACCAACACCACCUAUCCAUUUCGCACCUCAUUUACCGCCACCUCCUCACCUCCAACCUUCUACUUCCUCCACUUCAUCUCAGAUGUCUCCUCCGCCUCCGGGUGGCCAGGCUCCUCCCAAGCGCAGUCCCAAAUCUUCCUCUGAUUUGUUCCUAGCGCCCAACGCCGCUGAGCUAUAUAACCAUGCCCAAGGUCUGGGAUUGACCAACAACCCACCCAACCCUGACGCUGCAAUGACUGGACCUGGAGCUAACCACUACCCAUCUGCCAACGGUGUCACCCGACUCCCUCCCAUUCUCCAAGUGGAGAAACAGCAGGUUACGACGUCUGCGACUCAGAUGGCGAGUGCGAGUCGGCGACGGAACGAGGCUCACUUCCAGUGCCCAGUCCCUGGGUGUGGAAGUCAUUUGAGAUCACAUACGGAGGAGCGCCCAUAUGUAUGCGAGUGGCCCGGAUGCAAGAAAGGGUUUGCUCGACAGCACGACUGCAAGCGACACCAGGCACUUCAUACCGCCAAAUCCCAGAAUAAUAUCUGUCUGGGAUGCAAGAAGACGUUCAGCCGGUUGGAUGCAUUGAAUAGGCAUCUUCGAUCGGACGGUGGCGCUGACUGUCGACAACACAACCCCAAGUUUGCGCAAAUGGCCGCGGAUGAUGAGCGAAAUCGCCAGGCGCAAGCACAAGCACAAGCACAGGCACAAGCCCAAGCCCAAGCACAGGCGCAAGCCCAGGCACAGGCGCAGGCUCAAGCUCAAGCCGCUGCUCUUGUGGCCGCUGCUCAACAACAGGUGGCAGCGCAGCAGCAACAGCAGGCUGCUGGUGGACUGCCACACCCUCCGCCACCGCCGCCGCCGAUGCCAGUCAUCCAAGGCCCGAAUGCCCCUCCGCCUGCUUCACUCGUAGCACCCCCUCCACCGGCUGCUGAGCAAACUGUUGCUCCUCAAUAG